AUGUCUUGGCUACCCUCGCGUCUGCCCUUCCUCAAGGGCCCAGCGCGAUCACAGGUCCCGAUUGUGACAACCGACGAGAUCGUCCCAGUGCAUCUGUUCGACAGUACCACGGCACUGCAGUCAUGCAUCCUUGUGUGGCUGUUCCGCUUCAACGAGCGAUUGGACCCCGACAAACUUCACGACUCCCUCUCACGCGUCUUCCAGAGGGAAGGAUGGCGCAAGCUAGGGGGCCGAUACAGGCGUCGAAGCAAUGACGGAAAGCUGGAAAUUCACAUACCCAAACCAUUCACAGCCCAGAGACCACCGGUCCACUUCACCCGAGAGACGUUCAACACACGCAUGGAUGAGCACCCGUUGGCGUCCAAGCUUCCUCAGGCCACUGGAAAGGUCACCACAUUCCCGGGCCCACGGGCCUUCAACGCGCUUGCCAUGGGUCCCGGGUCACCAGCUACGUACGAUGACCUGAUCUACGACGACAAGCCCCAGUUCUCGCUCCAUGUCACCAACUUCACAGACGGCACCCUCGUCGGGCUGGGCCACUCCCAUAUGACCGCCGACUUGCUGGGCCUCACGGCUGUCAUUGAGGCAUGGUGCCAGGAGCUGGCGGGCGAGUCUGACAAGAUUAAGCCAUUCGGAGGCGUGGAGGAGGACGGCAUGAAAGGUCUGUACGAACCCCCGACGCAAGAGAAACAUAUCCUAGCCGGAAAGGAACUCCAGGGAUCAGGCCUCGCGUACUGGGGGCUGCGUGCGGUCUGGCAGGCAAAGAAUGCACGCCUGGCUUCACGCACGCUGUGCAUCCCCAAGACGACAAUGGAGAAGCUGGCCACGCAGGCCAAGAGCCAGAUGACGAGGCAGCCGUCGGACACCCUUCCGCCAGACGGACGCGACGCACACUUCAUCUCGGACGGGGACGUGCUGGCCGCUUUACUGUGUCGUCUCAACGCCCAGAACCAGUCGACGAUGAGCAGGAACAUUGUGACCAUGAUGGCGCUCGAUCCACGCACACGCGCCCCCUCGGCGUUUCGCACCGACGUCGCGUACGCGGGCAACUCACCAACGGCCGUCUUCUUUGAGUGCUCUGCGCAGGACGCCGUCGACAUGUCCCUCGGGGACCUCGCCCUCUGCGCCCGCCAGGCGAUUGCAGCACAGGCGACCGAGGAGCAGAUGAAAGCCUAUGCCGCCCUUUCCGCGGAGUCAGUGCGGGCGAGGAACAUGAAUGUCAUGUUUGGUGACAGGAACAUGGCCUUUCAGCUCAUGUCCAACUGGCUCAAGGCGAGUCUCUUUGAGAAGAUUGACUUUAGUCCGGCAAUAGUCGAGGAGGCAUCGUCGGCGGCCAGAGCGGCGAGCCAGCACAAACGGGGGCAUCCGGUGUAUUAUCACUCUGCAGACCCGGGCGACGUCGAGGGUCCGUAUGUUAUGCAUCUGGUGGUGGUCAUGGGGGCGGAUCACGAUGGGAAUCUCUGGAUGUCAUGCGUUCUGCCGGAGACUACGUGGUCAGACCUGGUAGGAUUUCUGGACUCCCUCUGA